AUUGAAUUGAUUGGUACACUCCCUGAUCCAGUAAGGAAUUCUCCUAAAAUUCCAUAUGAAGCUAUUUCUUUCUGAAGGUAGACAAGAAAAAAACAUAGAAUACCCUUCGGCUGUCCUAAAUGUCUUUACUAAAAUCAAAUGGGUGGCACAUACUUGUCCAGUAGUCAGCAGUAGUUAGCUCAAGAAAAAGACCUAAAAAUAGAAAAAUAAGGUACUUCCACGACACAUCAUAAAUUUAAUGUGUUUGUUUAGAAACCCCAAUCACAUAUGCAUUUGUUUUUUUGCAGCCUUGGAACGACCUUUGUUUAACUAAAAUGGAGUUUUAGUCUUGCAAAAUUGCAAUCCCCCCGUUUUGUUUCAUCACUAAGAUUGAUUACUCGACACCUCUUCCCCACCCAAUUCUUGCUUCUUUGGUUAAUGGUGGGGUCAGUUUAAAACUCCCAAAAGACGGCUUCCCCACUAAUUCUCACUUCUCAGAUCCCUCUUUCAAAAGCCUGCCAUUCCUAUCUAGCCUUAAUUUUGUUCUCUUAUUUGCAACUAGAAAAUACCAAUCAAAUGGACUCCUUCACAACUUUGUAAUUUUGGAGUUCAAGGAAACCACGAAGAUAGGGAAAGAAUGGAAAGAUGGGGACGUAGCUUUUCCUUUUAGGAUUCUAAGUUACUCCACCUGAUCAGUGUCUGAAAGCUGGGAUAUGUUCCAAUAAUUGACAUGUGCCAAUGGGCAAUGCCGCCUAUAGACCAUCAGUUUGAAUCGUCAUGAACACAUAGAUGAAAGGAAAAUGCCAAGGUUUUUCAGGUGGCUAAAGGGAAUCAAGAGGGAGUGAGAGAAAAUAAAAAGGAAAGAUGCUGGUAAAGGAGGCUUGGGAUGGAAGCCCUUAGAAUGAAACUUCUGCCAUUGCUUGGAUUUGAAUCAAAGUCAGGAUACUCGUGAUGUUACAGAGACCCUCUAGAGAGAGAAAGAAAGCUAACGUUCACGUCAACCAAUCUAAGAUAAAUUUUCAAACUCCAUUUUAUUGCUACGAGACUAGACUUCCCAACUUACCCAACUCUGAAAGAACCCUCCCAACUAGAAAAAGAAACAAAAACAUUCAUGUUCCCACCUCUUAUCUGUGAAAAAGUAACGGACAAAACACAAUGUAAAGAUAUUCUAUCUUUAUUCUGGCUCAAAGAGAGUUGAAGAUAACCUUGUUCGAAUUGAGAGUGUAACAUGGCCAAGAGAUCAGAUUUUGCACAGAAGCUGUUAGAUGACCUCCGGUUGCGGAAGGAGCGGAUGGCUGCAUCUCAGAACUCAAAGGGUACAAAUCCAAUGGUUGCAGAUGCAUAUGCUUACUCCAGGAGAACCUAUAAAUCAUCCAGGGAACCAAAACCACUCAAAACUACUGGUUUUAGAGCUGGAAGUGCACAAAACAGGUCUAGUGGGGCCAGUAAAUUGGUAACCACUGGGCAGGUAUCAAAUCAGAUUGUUCCUUUUGGGAGUGGCCAGAAGUCCGAACAAAUAGGAGGUCUCUCAAUGGCCCUUGCUUUUGCACUUGAAAAUGGAGGAAAGCUAAGGAGAACAGAUUUUUCAGGCAAUAACUCAGUGUUCAGUUUUCUGCACAACAUUGGUAGGAGACAGACGGAUUAUGGGAAGAUGGAAAGAAGAAACAGUGUAGUAAGUAGGCAUCAACCUUCAAGUAGCCAACUCCCUACUCUCUCUCAUCUCCAUAUCGAAGAAAUAUCAAGGGGUGCGCAAAAGUUAAAUCAGAUCCUCCAAGCGUGCUCUAAUGGCCUCAAUUUUGACAGAUAUUCAAUAGAAAUUGGGCGGGAACUAUUGAAAGGAGCAAUGGAUUUGGAGGAGUCUCUAAGGAUGCUUGUAAACAUGCAGGAAGCUUCAGAGUACUUAACAACGCCACAGAGAAAAAGUCGGAUAACAUUGCUAGAGGAGGAGGAGGAGGAGGAGGAUGAGAACACUGUCAGAAUAGCUGACCAGAAGCAAUUGGAUAGGCCAAGGUUUUCUUUUGACAGACCAUCAAGAAACUAUAAUGACAUUCAAGAAGUUGCAAGAACUGAUCUCAAGCUGAGGCUGGCAGCUCUUACCUAUUCUCCAGAGGUUACUAAUUCCAAGCAUGAGAAGAAGGUUCUAGCUGUCUCAAAUUCACGUUCUAACAAGCUAUCAGUUAGCUAUGGUCCAGACAUUAAAAAUCUCACUGCAUUCUCAGAACAAAAUCACUCAAGUUCAUUGCCAUCCAAACAAGAAAAGUCGAGAAUUCCAAAUGUAAUUGCGAAACUGAUGGGGCUUGAUGAACUGCCAGGAAAUGUAGAUUCAAAGGUUACGUCGCAGAAGGAGUCUGGAAAGCAAAAGGUAGAAGGGAUGAUCACAAAGAAACCUGCACUGGAAACUACCAAAAAGGCUGAACAAAGGACAAACAAUACUGCAAACCCGGUUCUCCCAUCAGUGAAACAGAAGGCAAUACUAGCCAGCAAGAUUCCAUUGAUUCAGGAUACAGUUACAUCACCAGCAGGAAAAACUUUGACAACUAGAAAUGGUGGCACAAGGGUUGCUGUCCAUGACAAACUACCACCUCGAAAGGACUUGGAAGACAUGAAAUCAGUGACAAGCUCAAGAAAGGCCAACAUCAAGAUAGAAAAACAACAAAGUGAUCAUGCCCAAUUGAACUAUAACUCUGGAAGUAGAAAAGAGAAUCAAGAAAAGGACAGAAAACAGGAUAAUAUAAAGCACAGGGAACAGAGGGGUGCUGAGCGAAGUGAAUCCAAAGAACCAGUUUUCAAGGAUGAGAUGCAGCAGAUGAUACCAUAUAUGCAUAAAAGAUCAGAAUCUGCACUUACAAUGAAAGAAAAAACAGAGUUCAGUGAAAGCAUGCAUCAUAUGGAAAACAGAUAUUCUAACAAGCUUCUCCUAGGCAAUCAACAAAAGCUGCAACAUAAUCACGCAUUUCAACACGUACACAUGCUCCAAAAAUCUGAGCUUCAAGAGAAAAAGCGUCAAACAGAAGAGAAGGAACAACAUAGUACUAAACAGAAACUGCAGGGGAAGAAACAAAAGGGAAAUGAACCAGUAUCUGGUAAUUUCUCCAAACCGAUGUCUGGUGCAACCAAUUUGCAAAACAAGCAGCCACAAAUGAGCCAUGCAGCAACUACUAGGAAAGGCUCCACUGAACAUAUUGAUGCAACACAAUUCAAUGGAUUCCCAGAUGGUAGGCACCAAGAAAAUCCUGCCAGAGAUAGAAGUUCAAUAAACUUAAACUUCAAAAUUAAAGAUUCAAUAAACAGAAAAUCCAGUCAGCAUUACUCUGGAGGAGAUAUAGAAUCUGAAACAGCAAAAGCUCGCAUCCUGUUUGCUGUGGAUGAGAAACCAGCUCAAGUUCAAACGACAAUGAAGGCAAAGAGAGCAAAAGGGCACAAACUUGAGGUUCCUCGGAAGAUCAAUGAAGUAAUGACCAAAAAAGGUGGAAGUGUUACUAACUUGCCGAGGAUGCUGAAGCAUCAGAGUUCCAUUUUGCAAGAGGGGAAACAGACAAGGCAGGAGAAACUUGCUAUCUCAAGAGAAGCAGAUCAAAUGAAAGCCAGCAGGUUCGAAGAAGUGGAAGCACAGAUCACUAGAUCCAAAAAGUCAGUAGCAAGCCUACAACCAUCAAGUGUGGCACAAGAGCUACAGAAAGCAGCUCAGCAAAAUUCAGUUUUGUGCAGUCCUGUUGAAGAUGAUAGCCAAAGCCUAAAUGAAUCACAAGCUUUAGCUGCAAAAGAUAGGUGUCAAAAUACAGUGCCAAUGGCUACAAAUGAACACCAAGAUCAAGAACCUGAUCUUGGUAGAGCCAAAGAACACACAGUUAAGAACAGUGCAACUGAUCCACUACGUCGAACUCAAGAAGAAAGCACAGAAAUCUCUUACACCCCACAAUCACAAACGCAAAGAACUUAUACAUCAGAGAUGCCAGAGCCACUGACAGAGAGUGAAAAUCACCUGAAGCAGAUACUUAUGAAAAGUCAAUUAUUCAUGAACACAGCAGAGGCACUUUUCAAACUCAACAUUCCCAUCAGCAUUCUUCAUGCAAACGGCCUCGACUAUCACGAUCAAGAGAGCAAGCUCGUUUUAGACUGCGGCUACGAAGUAAUGAAGAGGAAAGGCAGAAGGCAGGAACUAAGCGUUCAUCCAUUCCUGAAGGUAUCCAUCACUUCAAACAAAGCAAAAUCCUUGGAUGAAUUGGUCAAGCAAAUGUGUAAAGACUUUGAUAAGUUGAAGUUAUAUGGAAGGGAUGGGAGAGAAGAUUCUCCCUUCGAAGACUACCUACCGAAGAUGCUUGAGGCCGAUGUCUACAACAAGGAACCAGAUGUGAAUUGUAUGUGGGAUCUGGGUUGGAACUGCGUGAUGUUUGCAUUCCUUGAGAAAGAUGAUGUUAUUAGGGAUGUGGAGAAGUAUGUGCUUAAUGGACUCCUAGAUGAGAUUACCAGAGAUCUUUUCAAAGGCAUAAGUGCUUCAGUUAAGUAAUGAAAAACCCAAAAAAAAAAAAAACUAUUAAACUAUUUAAGCAGAGUUGGUCCUAUGUUGCUGUUUGUAUCAGUGAGCAAACUUUCCCAUAGCCCUUUUUCCCCCUGUAACUACCCAAAACUGUGAUUCUUAUUUGGAUUUCUUCCAAUUUUUCAAAUGUUUGCAUAUAAUGAAUGAUCAAUUCAGCUCUCAAUCUCUCACUCUCUUGAAAUUGUAGUUUUAUCAUAAAAAGAGAACAUAUAAAGAGCAAAAUCAA